CUAAGUAGUAGCAGCAGCAGCGGCAGCGACUUUCGGUGGUCUAACUUUCCCGAGCCGCUCUAACGACAUUCAGUCGACGUUAUAACCGUUUUCGAGUGUGAUCCCGCAGCAGCUUACACUUUAAGCUCAGUGUCGUCCAGCAUCAUUUGACAUUACAAAACGAGAAUUAAUUAAUUAAAUGUCAGAACCACAGUCAUCAUUACUUUUAAGAAAGCAACUAGCAGAAUUAAAUAAAAAUCCAGUUGAAGGUUUCUCAGCUGGUUUGGUAGAUGACCAUGACAUUUACAGAUGGGAAGUCCUUAUUAUUGGACCUCCGGAUACAUUGUAUGAGGGUGGUUUUUUCAAAGCACAUUUACAGUUCCCAAAAGAGUAUCCACUAAGGCCUCCACGCAUGAAAUUCAUCACAGAAAUAUGGCAUCCAAACAUUGAAAAGAAUGGUGAUGUAUGCAUAUCGAUCUUACACGAACCUGGUGAUGAUAAAUGGGGAUAUGAAAAAGCAUCUGAACGGUGGUUACCAGUUCACACCGUUGAAACUAUUCUCAUAAGUGUGAUAAGUAUGCUUGCUGAUCCUAAUGAUGAAAGCCCAGCAAAUGUUGAUGCUGCCAAAGAGUGGAGGGAAAGUUAUACAGAAUUUAAGAGAAAAGUGGCUCGAUGUGUUAGAAAAAGCCAGGAAGAGUGUGUGUAGGAUAGGAGGACAUAUUUAAAUGGAAUGACUUGAUUAUGGAAAACUAUAAGCACUGCAAAAGCGAAACAAAGUUAAGCAGAAAGCUGACAAAUAACAGUGCCCGAAUACCUAGAUAAAGCCUGUCACAACCUUAUUCUAAGAAAAAAGUCAAGACUCAUCCAUGUACGGAGUCCCUAGGACUAUGAUCAACCGACGUAUCAAUAAUUCAACUGAAAACGGAAAGACGAAAAUUCAUAGGCAGCAACAACUCUUGGUUAUAUGAAUAAUUUUAUGACACAAGAAAAGACUCAAAGCUUUAUAAUACAAAAAUAUCUUUUGUGCGCAUUUUAAUGUUAAUACUUAUUGUAAAUCAAAUCUGUCCCAAUGAAUACGAUCCCCCUCUGUUUUCCACGAUUUUAGUCAAAACAAAUUCCUCCCACCCGCGCCACCCUCAACGUCUACCCUCUCUUUUCUUACUUGCUGUAAUCUUUUUUUUUGUAACUCUAAAGGUGUCAUGUAAAAUGACUUCAUCUAUGUUAAUUGAUAUCGAUAAAUAAUUCCUUAGCGUUGUUUCGUAUUUUCUUACUUUCGUAAUGGUAUAAUAUAAAUAAAUUUUGUAAAGUCGAAAAUCGAAAUGAAAAAUAAUAAAUAAAUCGUUAAAUACAA